CCAACACAGCCGUAGAAGAAGGACGCCGCUGAUGGCGACUCGACUCCUCGGUCAUGAUAAAAAGCGACCCAAACAGACAGGAAUAGCCUCUUCCUCAUGAAGCAACGCGAUUAAAAGAAGGGCAACAUUCGUACCGGUUUCAUGCUCCAGCUGAGGACUUCUGAGGAGGAAGAACGAAGCAGUGAAAUCUCCCAGCUCAGACAGGCCGUGCUACAAAACAAUGACAGACUCCUGGAUGAGAUGCUCUGCCAGGAAAUCUACAAGAAGGUCAUCAACUGCAGAGGUGGCUGGGGCAUCGCGGGCACGCCUCUGCACGCCGCCGUGUCCAAAGGUCACCUCAGCUGCCUACAGGUCCUGCUAGCCCAUGGCGCCCUCGUGGACUGCAUCGACGUCAAAGCCCAGACCCCCCUGUUCGCGGCCGUCCGUGGGAAAUACCUGGACUGCGUCUUAACGCUCCUCAGGGCCGGCGCCAAUCCUGAUGGCAGCCCGUCAAACAACUGCUCCCCGGUUCUCACCGCCGCCCGGGAGGGUGACGCCGAGAUCCUGAAGCAGCUGCUGAAGCACGGCGCCGAGGCCAACUCGCGCUCCAAAGUCCUGCUCUGGACCUGCGGCGCCCGGGUGUCCAGCGGACCACUGUACCUGGCCGCCGUCUACGGACACAUGGAGUGCUUCAAGCUGCUGCUCCUGUUCGGCGCCGACCCGGACUACAACUGCACGGAUGCCAAGCUGCUGGGGUCCAUGAAGCAGCCCAAAACUGUGCUGGAGAUGUGCCUGAGGCACGGCUGCGGCGUGGAGUACAUCCAGCUUCUCAUCGACUUCGGCGCCAACGUCUACCUCCCUACGCUGAUCAUUGAGAAGUCCACCAAGCAGAACGAGGCCGUGGAGCUGCUUCUGCGGGAGAGAGGGAAUCCAAAAGCCUUGACUUCCCAGUGCCGACUCGCCGUUCGAAGAUACCUCAAGAAGAUCGACAAGAUCCACUGCAUCGACCAGCUGGAAAUGCCGACGAGUCUCCUUAACUUCCUGCAAUACAAGCCAACCCCACUCACUGUUCUGUAGAUGAGAAAGAAUUAUUUUAGGUUGUUUUCAAAUCUUUGGUUCAUCUGUUUUCACAAGUUUUUUUGUGUUCUGAUUGUUUGAUUCAUGCUUCAGCCCAUUAAACAUAUGAAC